ACGUAAUUUGACUUUGGACAGGGCGCAAGUGCGCGAGCCGCGAACGCGUUCGGUGGUGUUCAGUUUUCUGCGAACUGUUGACGAGUGGGGUCGUAGCUCACGGUUGUUGAUGUCAUCGUAAUGUGGGCCGUUCGAAUGCGACGAUAAGGCUGAUGUUCCUCGAUUAAACUGCUGAAACACGUUCUUACUCGCAAUGAUGGAGAACAUUAAAGUGGCCAUCAAGGUCAGGCCAUUCAUUAAGCGGGAAAAGGAUGAAAAUUUGCCUAUUCAGUGGUCGGUUCACGGAAACAGCAUCGUGGCUAUUGACGCGAAGCUGAGAAAGCGGAGUGACGGAUUCGAUCGCGUUUUCGAUGCGAGUGCCACUAAUGAGAACGUGUUCAGCACGAUUGUAAAGCCUAUCGUCGACGCUGCCGUCAAUGGAUUUAAUGGCACAGUGUGCGCCUAUGGACAGACUAGUUCAGGCAAAACCUAUACUAUGAUAGGUACCUCGAAGGAACCUGGUAUAAUACCGUUGGCGGUCGAUCACAUUUUCGACGCAGUAGCCAACACCCCAGAACGCGAAUUUUCAUUGAGAGUAUCCUACUUCGAGAUAUACAAUGAAAGAGUCAACGAUCUCCUGAGCGAGAAUGUAGUGGAACUCAAAAUGUACAAAGACACAAACGACCAGGUGUUCGUGAAGUGCACGGAGAAGGUUGCGAACAGUCCAGAGAACGUUAUGAUAAUAAUGAACGAGGGCAAUACGAACAGGAGGAUAGGAAAGACGAACAUGAACGAGUGUAGCAGCAGGAGCCACACAAUAUUUCGAAUUACGAUCGAGAGUCGAGAAGCUGAGGCUGACUCGGAUGGUGCAACACAAGUGGCGCAGUUAAAUCUGGUGGAUCUCGCUGGCUCGGCGAGAGCGCGGCAAACAGGUGCCACUGGCGUGCGUUUUAAGGAGGGAUGCCACAUUAACUGGUCCCUGUCCACGUUGGCGUUUGUAAUCAAGCGACUGAGCGAGUCGCAAGGCGCUCAGAGAUACAUAAACUUCCGCGACAGCAAAUUGACGAGAUUGCUUCAGACUUCGCUGGGCGGAAACGCUAUAACGGCAAUAAUAUGCACGGUAACACCGGCCGCGCUGAACGAAACUCGACGCACACUAUCGUUUGCGUCCAAGGCUAGAAACAUCAAAAAUAAGCCUCAAGUGAACGAAGUCAUGUCCGACGGUGUACUUAUGAAACGUUACGCAAACCAGAUUAAUGAGAUGAAAGCAGAAUUAGAGCAAGCGAAACGAGCUGGGCCGACGGAGUUUCUGGAAACCGAGGUUCUGAGAGCUAAGAUGCAAGAAAUGGAUCGCAUCAAUCGGUAUCUUGAGAAGUGUAUCAAGAUGUUGCAAGCUCGGAUAGUCAACGAUGAUAGUCGCAACAACGCGUAAUCGCGUAAUCCCAGCAUACAGCGAAAAGAAGAGAAACCUGAUGUGUAUAUCCCUGCUUAAAAAGAACGAUAGAAUCAGAUAGAAAAAAAUCUAUCUGAUUGAAUCGUGUUUUUGGUUCGUAAAUUUCAGAUUACGUAUCUGAAAUAUUUGAUAGGUUUUCUAUAAUUCUCUAUCGUUUAUAUAGUAUUGCUUAGAUAUAGUUUUUAAUCGACUUCUAUUGGAUCGUGCUUUAUCAAAAAUCUAUCUGAUUGAAUCGUGUUUUUGGUUCGUAAAUUUCAGAUUACGUAUCUGAAAUAUUUGAUAGGUUUUUUAUAAUUCUCUAUCGUUUAUAUAGUAUUGCUUAGAUAUAGUUUUAAUCGACUUCUAUCGGAUCGUGCUUUAUCAAAAUUAAUAAUAUUCUAUCGUCUAUUUAAUCGUCAAUUGCAGAUUGUUUAUCUAAACUAGUUGAUGGAUUUUCUAUAGUUCUCUAUCGUUUUUAUCAUAUAGCUUAGAUAUCGUUUUUAUCAUAUAGCUUAGAUAUCGUUUUUAAUCAAUUUCUAUCUGAUUGUGCUUUAUUAAAAGUUACUUUUAAUCUGAUUGUGCUUUAUUAAAAGUAACUUUUAAUAAAGCACAAUCAGAUUAAAAGUAACUUUUAAUAAAGCACAAUCAGAUUAAUAGUAACUUUUAAUAAAGCACAAUCAGAUAGAAAUUGAUUAAAAACGAUAUCUAAGCUAUAUGAUAAAACCGAUAGAGAACUAUAGAAAAUCUAUCAACUAUUUUAGAUAAACAAUCUGAAAUUUACGGUUUAAAUACACGAUAGAAUAUGUACAAGCCGAUCAUGUCGUCGAUUAACGAGAUGUCACUCGACAAGUCGCUCAACGGAUCAUCCAAUUACCGUUUAUAGUACCUAUUACCGAAGCAAUGUGAGGUGAGUCGAUUUUUACAUGAUGCAAGCUUGCAAAUAUUUAUCGAUUAAUGAGGCAAUAAAAUAAAAAUCAAAAUAUUGAAACUGAAACUACACUAAAUUACACUAAAUUACAGCAUCGAAUCGAGAAAUCAUAUGUUGUAUUAUUUUCGCAGCGUUCCAAACUGCUUAUGCCGUCUUCGAGCCGGAGCUUAUGGAGAACGAGGAGGAAUUCGUUGCAGAACGAUGAAGAUUCAGCGUUGAAGAAUGAGAUCGAGAAGCUUCAGGGAGACUUGUCCGCGCAGGAAUCCACAGUUGAUUGGUUGCAGAAGGAGGUCCCGCGCGUGCAACAGCUUCUGGAGGAAAAAGAUCGCGACGGGGAUGCGUUGAGACAGAGGAUCAGCCUCGAGGCGCAGGAGAUGAUCAAGAGUAAGAGCCGAGUUCCAGAUGAAGCUGAAAACGGAGAGGGAGGCGUACAACAUGCGGAUAGAGGAGCUCGCGCGUCUCGAUCGACUCGAUCAAAGCGAAAAAAAUAUGGAGCUAACGAACAACAUCGAGGGUCUCGAAGCUAAUCGGAAACAGCUGGAGAACAUCAUCGACUUGAAGACUAACGAACUGAUGAGGAGCAAUCAGUUAUUCAGAAAAUGCAGACCGAAUCGGAACAACUCAUGAACUCCUUUUCUUUCUCCAAUUUUUGUGUUAUAUCGUCCUGUAAAAAAUGGGACAAUAUAAUGUGGCAGUAGUAUUGAACGACUAA